AUGGAAUCAUUUGAACUAAUCAUUUCUCAAAACAGUACUAAUCAAAGGGAACUGUUUCAUGCCGCUAAAAUUCUCUUUACACAAAUGUCUGAUCUUAUGUUUCCUGAAUAUGGGGACCCUGAUGUGCUGGCUAAUGAUAUUGGGGAAUUUUUUGUCCAGAAGAUUGAACGCAUCCAUGGUGAGUUUGAUUCUUCUGCCCUUGAAACAAGCCACUCGUCUGUCGCAGAAUUUACUGAACUGACGUCCCGAUUUGAUUCCUUUGACAUCUUAAAUGAAGAAAAUAUCAAAGAUUUGAGAUCUAAAUCAAGUAAAAAAUCGUGCUCUCUGGACCCAAUGCCCACUUCAUUGGUUUUAAAAUGUCAAGAUAUUCUCCUUCCUGUGAAUCUG